AUGAACGAAUUGGUUCAUUACACUUUUCAAGACACAAAGAUCACAACACUUGUUGACCACACUGGUUUUGAAAUUCAUCAGACCAUUCAAGAAUUUAUAGAAAACAUUCCAUCAACCAUUUCAACAAUCAAACUUAAACCUGGUUCCAACCUUUUAGAAAUCUUCUUGGAUCACGUUACUCUUGGUUUAUUGAAUAUCAAAACAAUAUUAAUAGACAUUCACUUUGAAAUGACUGACCUCAUGAUAAAUAGUUUUACUAGGAAUGGAUAUCAAUAUCAUGGAGCAACAUUUAAAGGAGCAACUGAAAAAAGACAAUUCACAUUUAUUCAACAAAAAAAUAUGAAACUACUAUGCAAACAACAGGAUGGAAUCAAUUGGAGAUAUACAAUCCAACAAUUCCAUUUAAUUUAA